UAUCUUCUGGAGCUUAUCAGACUCGAAGGUCGUGGGGACUAUGCUUCUAGGGAAACUUGCCAAGGGCGCAGUGAAUGCAUGUCUGAGCCUGCGUAUUGCUGCCGGGACUGUUUUGGGACAGAGCUCUACUGCCAAGCGUGUAUCAUAAACAGGCACCGUGAAAACCCUUUGCACAGGAUUGAGUUCUGGAACGGUUGCUUCUUCGAGGACACCACACUAAAGUGUCUCGGACUCCGGGUCCAGCUUGGCCACCCCAUUGGGGAACGAUGCUUCAAUCAUUCGCGGGCCUAUGACGAUGAUUUUGUCAUUCUUGACACUAAUGGCAUCCAUGAACUUGCCUUGGAUUUUUGUUCAUGUGAGAGUGUGCUAACUCACAUCAAACAACUCCUGCAAGCUCGCUGGUAUCCUGCGACCAGCGCCAAUCCAAAAUCAGCAGCAACAUUCUGCCUU